GUGAAGCACUUUAACUUCACAAUCACAAUUCCUAACCUUAGUUCGAUUAUCAUUAAGUUAACAUCAGUUUGGAAAUGAGUAUGUUUUAAUGUGCCAAAUUCUAAAUUUUUCGUUUGGUUUAACUGUUCACCAGUUAUUCACGAAUACCCCAUUUAGUUCAAUUGAUAGUUUAUGGUAUAACUAAAUAUAGAAAACCCACGUUUGAGAUUAAUACAGUUACAGAGUUUUAAAAUGUCCAAAAGAUCUUCAAGAUUGAUCACCAGAGCAGAAAAUGAAACAAUAAAUACAGUUGUUGUGAAAGCCAUAAGUGACGAUGAUGUUGUAAAAGUAAUCGUAGGAACCAAUUUAACUUCAGUACCUGUUUUAUCCACACAAAAGUUGACUACAAAAAGAGGGAGACCGAGAAAGAAACUGACAGAAGAUGAAGUGAAGAGUGAAGGAGUAGUAGAAGAAGAUUCGGAUAACGAAUCAAAGAGCAGUGAAACUUGUGAAAAACCCUCAGGCCUUUGUGAUGAUGAUGAUUUGGAUGGAGGGGAGAUGUGCUCGUUCCGAACGCCCAAGAAGAGGCAGGGUAUGCUCUACAAGGCUGAGGAAUCGGCAAGCAAAAUCAGGACUGGCACAGGAACGCCGAAAACUAAACCUAGUACACCUUCACACAAGACCCCCAUAAAAGCAUUGACUUCAAGUUUACGGAUGACACCACGACGUAAUACAUCCUUCCGCAACCAAACUCCUUCCACCAAAUAUACACCAAAGAAGAGCACUGGGACUCCGAGAAGAACCCAAGGAAAGGUUGACAUUGUCGUUCCAAAGACACCAUACCAGCUGCGAGUUAGGCAAAAAAAAGCUAUCCAGGCAUAUACAAGACAGAUGGAGGACUUUGAUGAUGGAGACAGUGAUUUCCAAGGCAGCGAUUGCAGCUCCAGUGAGUCAGAAGAUUCUGAGCAAGAAUCAAAUAAAGAAGAAGAGUCAGACAAAGAAGAAGAAGAAUCAGACAGUGACUCGGGAAAGGGUAGUGAGGAUGCGAUACCUUCCUGUCGCAGAUCCCUCCGCUUUCAACCUCCACCUGCCACUCCUUCAUGUAAAAAGAGAGGGAAAGAGUUUAACUAUGUGUUCACUGCCGAUGAAUACUUCCGGUCACAGUCCGACAAGUGCGUAACGUCGGACCACAACUUGAGUCGUCUCAAGAGUUCCCACACACACCUCCCCGCCCUCAGUCUCCCCACACUCUGCCCCUCUCACCAGCGUGCGCUGGCCUCGCGGAGAGCAGGUGACAUGCACAUGUUCCAACGCUGGAUGUUUGCGCUCAGCCAAGGAUUCAGUAUUCUCGCUUAUGGACUCGGCUCCAAGUACAAAAUACUACAAAAGUUUCACAAAGAAAUGCUGUCUAAUAGCCAUGUUGUUGUCGUGAAUGGCUUCUUCCCGAGUAUCAACAUAAAAGAGAUAGUGGAUAUGAUAGCUCGAGACUUGCUCGGGUUGACGUAUGUGCUGCCAUCCGCACAUGCCACAGUCGACUGGAUAGAGAGCCGACGGUGGACGCCUCGUGUGUUCCUGCUUGUACACAACCUGGAUGCAGAAAUGUUGCGCUGCGACAAGACUCAACGUGUUCUGUCUCGCCUUGCCAGCCUGCAGAGGGUGCAUCUCGUUGCUUCCGUUGAUCACAUAAACUGUCCGCUCUUGUGGGACCAGGGCAAGUUGAGUGGCUACAACUUCAUGUGGGAGGAUGUGACGACGCUGCUGCCGUACGUGGAGGAGACCAGCUAUGAGACGUCUCUGAUGGCGCAGAACAGUGGGACCUUGGCGCUCUCAUCACUGCUCAGUGUGUACCGCUCACUACCCCACAACUCGCGCGGCGUAUUCCGCAUCAUCCUGGAGAAACACCUGGACGCCAACAGCCAGAAAUACACAGGAAUGGCAUUCAGUGAGCUGUACGGCCGGUGUCGGGAGGAGAUGUUGGUGACGAGUGACCUUGCGCUGCGUACAAUGCUCACAGAGUUCCUCGACCAUCAAAUGGUCAAGUGGCGUAGAGACGAGCACCUGUACAUCCCGACAGACCUUAGUGUACUGCGACAGUUCCACUCUCAGAUACAGGACAGCUAGCCACAGCUUUAUGGCAUGCUCUGGUAUAAUCAGAAAGCAGUCAAUUUUCUGUAGAUAACGAUCUCAGUUUGCUGGUUUUAUUUAUUUACAUGUACAGUAAUACUUUGGCAGUUUCUGCUGUUUUAAGUGUAUCCUUUAAUUUAUUUAUAUCUUAGUACUAAUGUAACAAAUUGCGAUGAUGUGUUGGUUGUGAUGUGUAUGCAAAUAUUGGACAAAAAGACGAGUGGUUAUAUUGUAUUCAGGUGAGUUUUAUAGGUACAGAAGUAAUUUUAGUGAAUUAUCUGUGUACAGAAAUUAUUUUACGAAUGAAACAAAUAGAUUAAGAUACAAAUUAAGUAACUGCUUCAUUGACAGUUGGAGGCUUUUGAUACAUUUUUCAACAAAAAUACGAUAAAAGCGAUUAAAAAUAUCUUUUAUUAAAAAAUUUUAUUCUUUAAA